AAGCCGCCAUAUCCUGCCGGAAACUCAUGAGAGAUACAGAAGAAGUGUUUCCGGCGCAGACCGUAGUGUCUGCGGUGUUUUGGUGUUGAAGUUAAACCUGAUUUAUUUUUUGUUAAAUCCUUAAUUAAGACGUUAAAUCGUCUUCACGCGCUCCCUCUGAGCCGCUCAGCUCGCAGGUUUCAGAGAUGGCGUCUGGACUCAUGGACGCUCCUGCAGAAGGAGAGGCGCUCUGUGUCUUCUUGCUGAGCGAGUCAGCAGAAAGGAGGGAGGUGGGAUGCCAGAGCGACUCAGCAGAAAGGAGGGAGGCCGGCUGCCAGAGCGAGUCUGUGGAAAGGAGAGACGCAGCUGUCCAGGUGGACCUGCUGACUCAGCAGCUCAGCUGGACACACACAGGGUCGUCUGAGAUGUUGUUACAGUGUUUUGUGCGUCCUGAUGGUCCCGGUGGGGGGGCUCUGCUGCAGCACUGCACCAGAACCAGAACCAGAACCAUCAAACCGAGCCGCAGGGCCACGCCCCCAACACCGAGGCCCAACACUGCCACACAGAGACCGCCCAAACGCCGCGGCCGCCGCCGUGUGUCCCCGGACCCCCAACAGGAACAGGAAGAAGAGGAACAGGAAGUGGAAGAAGAGGAACAGGAAGUGAUGGAGGAGGACGCUGGGGAUCCCACCUGGGCUCCACCUGACGGAGACGCCACCUCUCGGCCAGCUGCCUCCGCUCUGGAGGACUCAGCCUCCCAGCAUGCACCUGUGCGGCUGGACUCAGACUCCCAGGAUGCACCUGUGCGUGCGGUGAAGCUGGAGCCGAAUAGCCUCAUGUGCGACGUCUGCGGCAAAGUGAUGAAGAACAAGACGAGCCUGGCUCGCCACUCGUUCAUCCACACGGGGAAGAAGCCGUUCGCCUGCCACCUCUGCGAGCUGCGUUUCAAUCGUCGUGACAACCUGCAGCAUCACAUGACCCGUCUGCACCCCAACGGCGUGGCCCGGCGCCAGAAGCAGCGCGUGGUGCAGGCGUGGCUGUGCGCCGUCUGCGGGAAGACGUUCAGCUGUCGCUCGCGGCUAAAGACGCACGAGGUCAUCCACUCGGGCGUGAAGCCGCACGCCUGCGACCUCUGCCCCAAAGCGUACAUGCGCACCAACGACCUCGAGCAUCACAAGAAGAUCGCCCACGGCAACGGCACCGCUGAGCCUCCACAGCCGCGCUCGCUGCUCUGCCACCUCUGCGGCAAAGAGUUCAAAUGCGUCUCGCAGCUCGCCGCGCAUCUCCAGGCGCACACCGGUGAGCGGCCGCAUCUCUGCGACGUCUGCGGGCGCAAAUUCGCCCGCCAGUACCAGCUCAAACGCCACAAGAUCCUCGUCCACGCCAGCCGGGGCAGCGGCGAGGGCGAAGAGAGCCCGUCGUCCUCGCCGCCCGAUGCGGCGUUCGGCUGCGGCGUCUGCGGGAAGCGGCUGAAGUCUGAGGCGCUGCUCGCCGCUCACUCCCUGAGCCACUCGGGCGAGAAGCCACACCGCUGCGCCGUGUGUCUGCGCGGCUUCCAGACCGCCACGUGCCUCAAACAGCAUCACAUGCGCGUCCACGUGAGGGGGAAAGCCAGCGAGACGCCAUUCGCCGCAAAGCGCAGGAAGAACGCUGCUCCGACUGCCGCCAAAGCAUUCCCAUGCCCGAUCUGUAGCCGGGUGUUUAAGUUCCGCUCUCUGCUGGCGAGCCACUCGCUGAUCCACAGCGAGCAGCGCCCGUUCGGCUGCGACUUCUGCAACCGUAGCUUCCGGCGCCUCAGCCACCUGAAGAGGCACCGCGAGGUGGUGCACGCCAACGGCGAGCGCCCGCCACAGAACUUCGUCUGCCACAUCUGCGGCAAAGACAAGAAAUGCCGCUCGCAGCUCGCCAGACACAUCAUCAUCCACACGGGGGAGCGGCCCUUCGGCUGCGACCUCUGCACCGCACGCUUUAACCGCCGUGGGAACUUGCAGCAGCACAGGAAGCGCAUGCACGGCGUGGAGAAGGCCGCGGCCGGCGGCGAGGAGGAGGCCGACGAAGCCCCGCCCAUCCUGUUUGAUGACGACGCUUUGACUUACAAACAGGAAGAGACGGUAGUGGCCGUGGAUGCCGCGGCUGAGUUUUGCGAGGCCGCAGCGGGCGACGAGACUGAACACGAUGUUUGAACUGAGCGCGCUCAGACGGCCGCGCUGCGUUUCAACUCGCAACCUUUAAUGUGGGAAUUAAAACAGUUUGUUCUGAGGCAGCGGACGCUUAAAACGGAAACUAGGGAGACGUGUGUGUCUGUGUGUCUGUGUGUCUGUGUGUGUGUGUGUGUGUGUGUGUGUGUGUGUGUCUGUGUGUGUGUGUGU